AUGAAGGAUAACCCCGGCAGCAUGUUAGGCGUGCACUUAACACGACAUGGAGGCUUUCGCAGGCAUGGUGCCAUCGCCGCGACAGCUUGUCACCUCCAUCAUUGCAGCGCUUGCGAAGAAUGAGGAGCAGCCAGAUGCGCCUGCCAAUGCUUUAAGUGGAAUGGCAGAGUCUAAGAAUUUGCUACUCACUCUGCACGUCCUCUUCCAGAACGAAUUACUGCCUGCGCUGGACGUUCUGGACCGCGGACUAGUCACUCGUCUUCGAUUGCACUAUGACGAUGAACAGAAAGCGACCGAACCAGGGUCGGUGCCGUACGAUGAGCGUGCAAUAGCCCGGAAGGCCACCAAGUCAAUUAACGUCCCAUCGGAGCAGGCAAAGCAUCGGCGGCAGAUCUACACAUACUACGUCCGGUCCUCGCAGCAGCAGUCAUCGCGUGGAGCGUCACGCUACCACGACGCGAUAUACGAGGACACGAAGUAUUACAAGGUUGAACUGAACGCCUGGAGCUGCUCAUGUCCGGCGUUCGCGUUCUCCGUGUUCUCGAGGAACGCGACACAAACGGACGUCUUGGCGGAAACGGGUGGAGUAGGAGCCAGAAACGCACUUGACUGGCAAUUCGGCGGUUUGAGCAGAGGCGACGACUUGCCAAUCUGUAAACAUCUUCUAGCUUGCACUCUCAUCGAACACAGCACCAUGUUUGCGCAUAUGGUGGAAGAACGGACAGUGUCGGCCGCGGAGAUCGCGGGCUGGGCGGCGGGAUGGGGCGACUAA